ACGAAUUUCAUUCUCAAACCAAAACAUGAAUUCCCAUUUUCUCCGUUCAUAAUUAUUUAUAAAAAAUCAAUCUUUUUUUUUCUUUGUUUCUAAUCUUUUAUGGCCUCUUUCAUUGAGAUCAGUAGGUACAAUCUGAUUCCGCUCUCUGUCACUUCUCUCUGCGGUUGCCCAUGCCGUCUCUUAUCCAAUGGAACCCUUUCUCGCUCUCGCAGAACCCCUAAACUCAAGCUUAACUUAGUCUUUCAUGGAUCCGAACGGCUCUUCCGGGUUCCUCCUACCAGUAUUUACGUCAGCCGGCGGUUAAUUACGGCCGUGGCUCGUGCUGAACCCGAAAGUAUCGAUAAAAUCAAAGCUAAUGAGGAAAUUGACAAAGGCCAUGAGUUACCAGUGGCAAAGGAUUCUCUUUCCGAGCUACAACAUAAAUCAAGUCAGUUGAGAAAAAGGGUCGUUUUUGGAUUUGGUAUUGGGAUCUCUGUUGGAGGUGCUGUACUAGCUGGAGGAUGGGUUUUCACUGUGGCUUUGGCUGCCGCUGUUUUGCUCGGUGCACGAGAGUAUUUCAAACUGGUUAGGAGCCGCGGAAUUACUGCUGGAAUGACACCUCCGCCACGAUAUGUCUCAAGAGUUUGCUCUGUUAUAUGUGCUCUCAUGCCCAUUCUCACAUUGUACUUUGGGAAUAUUGAUAUUUCAGUGACAUCUGCUGCAUUUGUUGUGGCUAUGGCAUUGCUCAUGCAAAGAGGAAACCCUCGUUUUGCUCAGCUUAGCAGUACCAUGUUUGGGUUAUUUUAUUGUGGCUACCUCCCUUGUUUCUGGGUUAAGCUCAGAUGUGGUUUAGCAGCUCCUGCCUUGAAUACUAGAAUAGGAGCUGGAUGGCCUUAUCUUCUUGGUGGCCAAGAUCAUUGGACAGUAGGCCUUGUGGCAACCUUGAUUUCGUUCAGCAGCAUAAUAGCAGCAGAUACAUAUGCGUUUUUGGGUGGAAAGGCCAUUGGCAGGACACCACUUACUAAUAUAAGUCCAAAGAAGACCUGGGAAGGAGCUAUUGUUGGCUUGGGUGGUUGUAUAGCAACUUCUGUAGUACUGUCAAAGAUUUUAAGCUGGCCAGCCUCUUUGCUAAGUGCAAUAGCCUUUGGGAUUCUCAACUUCUUUGGAUCUGUUUUUGGUGAUCUUACUGAAUCAAUGAUCAAGCGUGAUGCUGGUGUCAAGGACUCUGGCUCCCUAAUCCCCGGUCAUGGUGGAAUACUCGACAGAGUGGAUAGUUACAUGUUCACAGGUGCACUCGCAUACUCAUUUGUCAAAAUCAUAUUGCCGCACAAAUUUUGAUCAAUAGCACAAGAGGGGAUACAAGAUAGAAUUUCUUCCAUGUUUAUAUAUAUAUAUAUAUAUAUAUAUA